AUGAAGCGCGGGGCUACUGAGGAAUCACUAGCUGAGGACAGACCCGAAAAGCGACCCGCAGCAGCGGUGGACUCUGCUCAAUCCUCCUUCCACGGGCAUGGGUUGCAGAACAGCGGGAGAGGAAAUAUCACCGUGGGUCGAGAUUUGACUAUAGGCAGUUGGUCUGACAACCGCUUUGACUGUCAACGCGACCUCUUUGUCACGAAUCCGGCUGAGGACAGGAAAGCAUUAAAACGCAAAAAAGGAGGCCAUGCUCCCGGAACUUGUGGAUGGAUACUUCACACGACAGAACUUACUGCCUGGCUUGGUUCUGGACCGACAGGGACCAUUGGCCCUGAGAAACAAGCGGCCCAGGUCCUAUGGCUCCACGGGAACCCAGGAACUGGGAAAUCAACCAUGACCAUAUACCUUACAGAAGAGCUGCCAAAAGCAUAUCUCAAUACAAAUGGGGAAAUGCUGGCCUACUUUUUCUGUGACUCUGGCUUCGACAAACAGAAGACCGCGACCUCGAUUCUCAGAGGACUUAUCCACCAGCUCGUUGGGCAGCACGAGCAGCUUCUUGAUUACCUCUUGCCCAUCUACCAUAAGCGUGGGGCGGAGACUUUCAAAUCAUUUGAUGCUCUCUGGGAGAUAUUCACGGCCAUGGCGGCGGACCAGAACACAGGUCGAAAAUAUUGCAUCAUCGACGCGUUGGAUGAAUGUGACCGAGAAUCACAAAACACCCUAUUGGCGCAACUUGAAGAAACUUUUUUGAGCCAAGGUAUCUCGCCCAAUAUCCGAAUAUUGAUCACCACAUGCCAACUAUACCAGGAGGAAGAAGAUGUUGAGACGAGGCUCCAAUUCACACGCGAGUACAUCGAGUCUUGCCGCUUGAUGAUUAUCAUUCAGGACGAAAAUGUUCUUCUGUUACACAAAUCAGUCAAAGACUAUCUAUUCAGGGCUCGUUUUAUCCAGGAGCUCGAGGCACAUGCCCAGCUUGCGUAUCGAUGUGUUGAUCUCCUCAUCGCGCAGUUCCGCAACGCGAAUCAACUGCACAGCAGUUUAUUGGAUUAUGCAAUCUUAGAAUGGGCCGAUCAUGCCCGCAUGGCCUGUUCAGAUUUCAAAGUUCAGUGCCCACAAGCGGAAUUCUUCCAAAUUGAUUCUCCUUGUCGGGAACAGUGGCUACAGCAAUUCAGAUCGAAAACGAGCUUAUGCCUAGUUCCAAAAAGAUUCUCCAUCUUUCAUGUCGCUGCAAAGUGGGGUAUUUCCGCUUUAGUUGAUUAUGCCUCCGAUUUGGGGGUCCGUGAUUCUACUUGUGCUGUUCAUAUCAACUGCAGAGAUGAUUCCGGCCAAAUGCCCCUUGAACACGCUGCUGGAUCGAGAUAUCCAAAUGCCGUCACUGCCUUUUUGAGCCAUGGAGGAGAGGUUACUACACGAGUGGUGCAAGCUGCAGCUGGUAACUUGAAGAAUGGUAGAGAGGUGAUAGCAUUACUUCUCGAUCGUUGCGGAAACCAGAUGACUCUGACCAAGGCAGUGGCAAAGGCUGCAGCUGGAAACAUGGGAAAUGGCAAAGAGGUGAUAUCAUUGCUUCUUGAUCGCUACAAUUGUCCGACCAGUAUCAAUAAUGGGGUAGUAUCUACUAUUGCUGGAGGCUUUGACGAUAAAGUGAUGGCACUACUUCUCAACCGCUAUGGAGACCAGAUCACUAUUACCAACGAGGUAGUGAAGGCCGCGGUUGGAAAUAAGUGGAACAGUAAAGAAGUGAUAAAGCUGCUGCUCAGUCGCUACAAAGACCAGAUCACCAUCACCGACGAGAUAGUAGCCGCUAUGGCCGAAAAUAGACAAGGUGGCAAAGAAGUGAUGGUACUAUUCCUCAACGGCUACAGUGAUCUGAUCAGGAUCACUGAUGAGGUAGUAUCUACUAUUGCUGGAGGCUUUGACAACAAAGUGAUGGCAUUGCUUCUUGACCGAUAUGGAGACCAAAUCACUUUCACCAACAAGCUAGUGAGAGCCGCGGCUGGAAAUAGGGAAAAUGGUAAAGAAGUGAUAAAACUACUUCUCGGUCGCUACAAAAACCAGAUCACUAUCACUAACGAGCUACUAUCUACUAUUGCCAAAUCUUUUGAUGGCGAAGUGAUGGCAUUGCUUCUUGCUCGCUAUGAAGACCGGAUUCCCAUCACUGAUCAUGUGUUGAAGACUGUGGCUCGAAGCUGGCAUGGUAAAGAAGUAAUGGAACUACUUUUUGAUCGCUGUGAAGGCCAGAUCACCAUCACAGAAGAGGUGGUGAAGGCUGCGGCUCAGAGCCAGCAAGGUAAAGAAGUAAUAGGACUACUUCUUGAUCGCUGUGAAGACCAGAUUCCUGUCACUAACGACAUGUUGAAGACUGUGGCUCGAAGAUGGCAUGGUAAAGGCGUAAUGAAACUACUUCUUGAUCGCUGUGGAGACCGGAUCACUAUCACUAGCGAGGUUGUGAAAGCUGUAGCUGGGAACAACAAUGGUAAAGAAGUGAUGGGACUACUUCUUGAUCGCUAUGGAGACUGGAUAACUAUUACGGAUGAUGUGGCGAAGGCUGCGGCUAAGAAUUGGCGUGGCAAGGAAGUAUCGGAAUUACUUCUUGAUCGCCAUGAAGGCCAGAUGUCUAUCAUCGACGAGGUGGUGAAGGCUAUGGCUAGAAACAUGCGAAAUGGUAAAGAAGCGUUGGCGCUCUUUCAUGCCCGUUACCGAGAUCAUACUAUCAUGACGAGCUGGUGA